UUCUUUCUACCUCAAGGUGCUUUGCUUAAAUUUUUAAGCCCUCUUCCUAAAGAUGCCUCUGAUGAAGCUGUACCAUCAACAGCAUCUCUCAUUGAUGAGAAAGACAAUGAGGAAGAAGAAGACAUGGAAGAAACUACAUCCACUGGUGCCAUGGCCUCAACAUCAACAUACAUUGAGUCUGCACUACAUCUCAGCACUGGUGUUACCUCAGCACAAGCAACUCUCAUUGAUGAGGAAGACAACAUGGGAGAAGAAGAUAUGGGAGGAACUACAUCCAGUGGUACCAUGGAUUCAACAUCAACACAAAUUGCAUCUCCACCACAUCUCAGCACUGGUGAUACCUCUACAGCACAAGUUGGCUGGCGGAGUGUCAGUGUGUGUAGGAGUUUUGGUUGAAGUGAACAGCAAGUAUCUACGAACGGUGUUGGAUCACAUUAAAGACUCUCCUCCAGAGCUAGCACAGCUGGGUAACGUGGGCUUCCUGCUGAUUGCAGUAGGGAUCAUAUUGGCAUUUAUGGGCUUUCUGGGCUGCUGUGGAGCUUUAUGCGACAACAAGUGUAUGCUAAUGACAUUCUUUAUCACAGUCCUCAUUGUCUUCCUUGCUGAGGUGGCUGGUGCCGUGCUAAUUCUGCUUUUCCAACCAAUGGCAGAAAAGCUGUUGACGGGUAUUCGUGGAAAAGUUGCUAAGAGUAUCCAGUCCUCCUACGGUGAAAAUGAAGUCUUCACUACAGCGUGGAACGAGACUAUGAAUCUGAUGCAAUGCUGUGGAUACAAUAACUACACCGACUUCACUAAUUCCCCCUUCAUGAAACAAACCACACAAUACCCGAACAACUGCUGCCACCAAAAAGAUGCACAGUGCACCAAAACUGCAGCAAUUAAAGAGAACACACCGGGCUGUUUCAGUGCUGUGGUUAAACUGGUGGAGGAAAACUCAGUUCUAAUGGCAGGAGUGGCCAUUUGCAUCGCUGCCAUAGAGGUUUGUGCGAUGACUGUCUCUGUCUUAUUAUACAAGAAUUAGGGCAUUAGUCCUGAAGAUUCCCGGCAAUCAAGCAUAUUCGUUUUUUUUUUUUUUCUUCAGAUUUUAAUGAGUGCCAUAUGAUCCUGUGUAAACAUAGAAAUGUAUUUUUAGUCAGCUCUACAUGUGUUGCUUUUCUCGCAACCUUGUCAGGAUUACUGUAAAGAAAUUAAUAGUGUGUUUUUGUUAAUGAAAAAAUAUUUCUGCAUAUCACUUAUUUUGAUAAAUUAUUUCUGACAUAUAGAUGAUGUUUAUAUUAUGUUUGUUUUCCUUUUAAUAUUGUUGUGUUAGUUUAAAAUACUUAUCUUACCAAGCAAUAAAUUGUACUUUGUACACUUUUUUAGAAAUCUAUAUUUUAGUAUUUUAACUAUUUAAUUAGACAUUAUUUCAUCCAAAUUAAAAUACCAAAUAAAAUGAUUGUUCACAGUUAUCAUUCAUUUGUACAAAACCAUUUCAAUGCUAUAAUUUCUUAGACUUUAAGCAUUCAUUGACUGGCAAUAAUUGUAUAUUUUCUAGCAAGUUGUGAAAAGCAAUUUGAGAAAGAGAGAGCAGAUG